AUGUCGAGACCCUACCAGCCUCACUCGCGCAUACCUAUCCAAUCCGUACCAUGGAACGACGAUGAAAAACCAUCCUUCAAUGACCUCUCCAACCGGUUGCGAAAGACAUUAUCGCGCUACUCGCGCUACUGGUCUCCACGGCCCCACCCGAUGUCUUCGUCGUCGUCAGUGCCAGCAUCGAGCUUGAAGUUCGUGCUGCUCUGUAGCCUGUGGUACACAUCCUCCGCCUUGUCGUCAAAUACCGGCAAGGCGAUCCUCAUGCAAUUCAAGUACCCCGUCACCCUCACAUUCGUCCAAUUCGGCUUCGUGGCGGCGUAUUGUCUGCUGUUCAUGUCACCGCUUGUUCAAUUCUCAAGAAUACGCCAUCCAACCCAGGCGAUUCUGAGGAGCACGGUCCCUAUGGGCAUGUUUCAGGUCGUUGGCCACAUCUUCUCCAGCUUGGCUAUUGCGCGGAUACCGGUUAGCACGGUUCAUACGAUUAAGGCUCUGUCUCCUCUCUUCACCGUUGCGGCAUAUGCGCUGCUGUUUGGUGUAAGCUACUCUAGCAAAACCUACGUCUCCCUUCUCCCGCUCACCAUUGGUGUGAUGCUCGCCUGCUCAUUCGACCUGUCCGCCUCGAAUGUCAUCGGUAUUCUCUGUGCCUUUGGCUCUGCACUCGUCUUUGUGAGCUCCAACAUCUUCUUCAAAAAAAUUAUGCCCUCCACUCCGAAUGGGAUGUCCCAGCAAACUUCGUCGCACAAACUCGACAAGCUCAACCUGCUACUCUACUCUUCCAGCAUGGCCUUCGUCCUCAUGAUCCCUAUCUGGUUAUACUAUGACCUCCCACGUCUCCUCGCCGCGCCGACACUGGCUGAGUCCAUUGCCCAAGCUUCCAAUCCCCCGCCCGCACACUCUGUGACCUACUACUUCUUCAUGAACGGCACUGUCCACUUUGCGCAAAACAUCAUCGCAUUUGUCAUCCUCGCCUCCACCUCCCCUGUGACCUACUCAAUCGCGUCGCUCAUCAAACGCGUCGCUGUUAUCUGCAUCGCCAUUGUCUGGUUUGCGCAGCCCAUCCACCUUGUCCAGGGAAUCGGCAUUCUGAUGACGUUUACUGGGCUCUGGAUGUACAAUAACGCCAAGGGCGAUGUCGAGCGUGGAGAAAAGCAAAUGCGUCGAGUAGAGGCUGCGCGGGACCUGGCGUUGCCUGUCACGAAGGAGGAUGCCAGAAUGAUGGCCCCGUCACCGCCACCGCCGAUGGUGAUGGAGAGCAGUGCAGAGUCUACAGGCACGGGACCGAAUGCGGGGGGGAGUAUUAUAUGGCCGACCAAGAGCGCCGUCGCACAACCUUCACCAUCAUCUUCACCAACAGCAUGCCCCACCGUUGACGAUUCGUGUUACACCGCCAGCGCCAGGCUCUCCAAUCGACUCUUAUCCUUCCCCUCCACCCUCUUUGGACUCGCCUCCCCGCCCAAGAUCACCCCCAUUGCACGCCCACUCCCAUCAUGGAUUGCCUGUUAUGGCUGCAGCAUAGGACAUCAGUUUUUUUUUAUCAUCUUCGCCGUAUCUAUCUCCUACACUACAUAG